AUGAGCAUCCUACUCCUCGGCCCAGGGGAACCUGUAGGCCUGGCUCUAACCUCAGCCCGGCCCCUAGGAAUUCCCAACGGACUCGCCCUGCGACCAGGCCGAGCCUGGUCCCUCCCCAGCCUCAUCCACCGUUCUGGUUCUCUUUACCCACCCGGUGAAAACCCGCACGCUCCGGGGCUGACGGACAGAGCGGGCCCUCGGAGCCUCCCAGACCCCGAGUCCUGGCUCCCGAAGCCCCGCCCCUCACGCAGGGCGCUUCAGAAUCGGGGGCCGAGUGCGCGUCUGCGCACGCGCGAGGCCGCAGCCCUGUCACCUUGUGCCCGCGGUCGCCAUGUCACCUUACGCUGCAGCCCGCGUCUGAGAUAUAGUUUUGCCUCAGUCCGCAACCUAGCCGCCCGGCCCCGCGCCAUCCAGUGUUUUGUUUUUCUUCAUGAAGGUGACAUGGAGGAGAAAAGAACUGCUGGGUUUCAGAAAAGUAUGAUACAGGACUUGGUGACCUUUGAGGAUGUGGCUGUGGACUUCACUCAGCAGGAGUGGGCUUUGCUGGAUCUUGCUCAGAGGAGCCUCUACAGAGAUGUGAUGCUGGAAACCUUCCAGAACCUGGCCUCACUAGGGUACCCACUACUCACACCCAAUCUGAUCUCCCAGUGGGAACAAGAGGAGGAACUGCAAAUGAUGAAGAUAGGACUUAUCCAGGGCAUCAGUAUGGAGCGGCACCAGAAAGGUUUUGAGUCUCUACUUAAUACUAAUGAAUUAGUUGCUCCUCAAGAUAGCAAUGGAGAAAAAAUAUCCAAUGAACAGAAUAUGGUGAGAUUCAAAAGAAAUGAAUCUUGCUCCUCUCUUUUACACGAAGACCAGGACUCCCCUGGUGUGGAUGAUUGGAACAAAAGCCAUGAGAGAUGUUUAAGUCAUAUGGUGGAGAACAUCUGUGAAUACAAUGAAGAAAAUCAACGUGGACAAAUUCCAAAUCUUAUGCUCAAGAGAAGUACUGAAGUCAGAUCCUUUGAAUGCCAUGAGUGUGGCAAGGCCUUCCUGUCCCAUUCAUCCCUUGAGAAUCACACCAGAUCUCAUGCUGGAAACAAACCCUAUCAGUGUAAGGAAUGUGGGAAAGCCUUCCAUUUUCUUGCUUGUUUUAAGAAGCAUAUGAAAACUCCCACUGAAGAGAAACCGUAUGAAUGUAAGGAAUGUAUGAAAGCCUUCAGUUGCUCCUCCUUGUUCAGGGCACACAUGAAGAUUCACAGCGAAAAGGCAAACUAUGAAUGUAAGGAAUGUGGGAAGAACUUCAGUAGUUCUUCAUACCUCACAGAACACAGAAGAAUUCACAGUGGAGAUAAGCCCUAUGAAUGUAAGGAAUGUGGGAAGGCCUUUAGUUGUUCCUCAUCACUCUCUAAACACAAAAGAAUUCACAGUGGAGAUAAGCCCUAUGAAUGUAAGGAAUGUGGGAAGGCCUUUAGCUCCUCCUCUCAUCUUAUAAUACAUCUAAGAAUUCACACUGGAGAGAAGCCUUAUGAAUGUAAAGAGUGUGGGAAAGCCUUCAGUGAAUCCUCAAAACUCACUGUACAUGUGAGGACACACACUGGAGAGAAACCCUAUAAAUGUAAGGAAUGUGGGAAAGCCUAUAAUUGUCCCUCCUCCCUAAGCAUCCACAUGAGAAAACACACUGGAGAGAAACCCUAUGAAUGUCUGGAAUGUGGAAAAGCCUUCUACCUUCCUACGUCCCUGAACACACAUGUGAAAAAUCAAAGUAGAGAGAAACCCUAUGAAUGUAAGGAAUGUGGGAAGGCCUUCAGUUGUCCCUCAUCCUUUAAAGCACACGUGAGGGAUCAUGCUGGUAAAGUGCAAUAUGAAUGUAAGGAGUGUGGGAAGGCCUUUAGUCGUUCCUCAUCCCUCACUGAACACCUAAGAACUCACAGUGGAGAGAAGCCUUAUGAGUGUAAGGAAUGUGGGAAAGCCUUCAUAAGUUCCUCCCAUCUUAUAGUACAUAGAAGAACUCACACUGGAGAGAAACCUUAUGAAUGUAAGAAAUGUGGAAAAGCUUUUAUUUAUUUCUCAGCCCUUAGUAUUCACAUGAGAACCCACACGGGGGAAAAACCCUAUGAAUGUAAGGAAUGUGGGAAGUCAUUUCGACAUUCUUCAUACCUUACUGUACAUGCAAGAAUGCACACUGGAGAAAAACCCUUUGAAUGUCUGGAGUGUGGAAAAGCCUUCAGCUGUCCCUCAUCCUUUCGAAGACAUGUGAGAAGCCACACUGGAGAGAAACCAUAUGAAUGUAAGGACUGUGGGAAAGCCUUUAUUUGUCCAGCCUACUUUCGAAGACACAUGAAAAUUCACACUAGGGACAACAUAUAAAAAUAAGGAGUAUGGGAAUCUCUGCAAGGCUUUUUCUGAACCCAAUCAAGUUGUGAAGUCUCAUACUAGGAGACACUCUAUGAAUGUGAGAAAUUAGGAGAUUAUCAUGCAUCAUUUUGAAGACUUGAGGAGAGAGAAACUGUGUUUGUAAACUAUAUGAUAAAGCCUUUAGAUUUUGAACAUCACGUAUUGUGUAUAAGAAAAGUUAAAAUUCAAACUAGAAAAGAAGAUCAGUGUCUCAUUAAAGGGGACUUUUACUACAGGAUCAUUGAUUUCCAGCGUUUUCUAAUAGGAAGAUUUAAGGUGAUACAUUUCCUGUUUUAGCUCAUAUCACAUACUUUUGAGUAUGAGGUGACUUUCUUUGGCUGAGAUGUAAAUGUUAUUUCCAUUACAGUCUUUUGGACUCUUGGAAGAUUGUGCAUGCACGUGUGUGUGUGUGUGUGAGUGUGUGUGUGUUUGUACAUGUGUACUUCCCCUCUGAGACAGGGUCUGGCUAUGUUGUCCAGGCCUGGAACUCCUGGACUCCUGCCUUAGACUCUUAAGUAUCUGGGAGUGCAGGCAUGUACCAUUGAGUCUGACUGAAGUACAUUUUGUUGUUGGUUUGCAGGCAGGAGAUUGGUCUUUUUUUCCCCACCUACUUAAUUUCCAUUGCUCUCUAAAUUUGUACGCAUAGUAUGGGCACUUUCUUUUCUUUCUUUCUUUCUUUCCUUUUUUUGGGUCUGGAUACUGAAACUUGUCUACCCAAUAAUGUCCCCCUCAUCCUUAAACUAAGAGCACCUACUGCUUUUGAGAAUAUCAGUGUUUACUAUCAAAACUUUUCAUGUGUAAUACAAAAUUUUAGUAGAAAUUAAUUAGUACAAAGGCCUUGAAAGAGGAUGGUCUCAUCUUGUAGGGGUGCCAGGCUAGCUCAAGCACAAGUAAGGGCCGCAGAGGCAAGACCCAGACUCCAGGAGUUGGGUAGAAGCAGGCUUGUGGCGAGCAGCCUGCAAACUCGUUUAUUGCAGGAAUACCCAUACAUUUUAUAAACUUUUUGCCCAAUCACAAUGUGCCACGGG